AUUCAUUUCAUUCGUCUACAAACGCAUCAACAGAGAUUAGAGAGAGAAAAUGGCCAUCUUUUCUACAGGUUCAACCAACAAUUCUAUGACUUCGAGCUCAUUAACGUUAUCAGAGGAACUAUGCGUGCCAUGUUUGCCGGUAGUUGCGAUAAUCGAAGCGUUGUUUUUCGCAGUCUUGGGCUGUUUCCAAACAAACCACACCCACUACCCUCUCAAGGAUAUUUCUCGACUAGCCAAUGAAUCUAGAUUUUCUUUGAAUGAAGUGGAAGCAUUAUAUGAGUUGUAUAAGAAGCUGAGUUGUUCAAUCAUAGAUGAUGGUUUGAUUCAUAAGGAAGAGCUUCAGCAAGCACUAGUCCAUACACCAAACGGUGAGACCCUCUUUCUGGACCGGGUAUUCGACCUCUUUGAUGAGAAGAGGAAUGGUAUUGUUGAUUUUGAGGAAUUCAUCCACGCACUCAAUGUGUUCCAUCCCAAUACUCCGAUUGAAGAGAAAAUCGAUUUUGCCUUUCGGCUUUAUGAUCUGAGGCAAACGGGCUUCAUUGAGCGUGAAGAGGUUAAGCAGAUGGUGAUUGCGAUUCUAAUGGAAUCUGACACGAAACUAUCUGAUGAUCUUCUUGAGGAGAUUAUUGACAAGACAUUUGCAGAUGUUGAUGCUGAUAACGAUGGUAAAAUUAAUAGAGAGGAUUGGAAGGGCUUUGUAACUCGUCAUCCUUCGAUCUUGAAGAACAUGACUCUUCCUGACCUCAAGAACAUCACCACCAUGUUCCCGAGUUUCAUUUUCAACACCCAGGCCGAAGAAGGAACCUCGUAAGUCAUUCAUCAAAUCGUGUAUAUAUGUAUGUAUUUGCGACACGCUUUUCUUGCUGGUGCCCGGAAUCGCUAGCUUCCUGCAUAGUUGCUGCCGGAAAAUGCUGACUCGAGCCCUCCAUGAAGGUCAGAGCUGAACUGCAGCAUCAUUAUUGGCUUUCUUGUACAGAAUUGGUGAGCAGUGGACAUUCCCUGUGGCUUAACACUGCUAACAAGAAGCAAAAGGCUGAAACCAUAUGGCCUGGUCAGUGGUCAAGCUUCCAUUUUUGUUGAUGAUUUCAAUAUGUAUAUAUAUAAGAUGGUAAAUGGGUGAUUUUUUUUCAAGUGUUAAUGUUAGUUACAUUCCACAUGAAAUGAAAUAUACUAGUGCAAUUUUGUGUAUUGUAAUUCAGCAGCCAUUGUUCUUUACUUGAGUAUUCAAUUGAAGCUCCUAGCUUCUAAAUUCUAAAGGCAAA